AUGAAUGAUCUUCUGGCUCUCGUGCUCUACGUCAUUCAACAAGAAGAGGACGCAUUUUGGUGUUUUGUCGGACUCAUGGAGCGCCUGGAAUCAAAUUUCGACGGCGACCUGAACGCGGUUCGAGAACAAUUUUAUCAACUUUUCGAAUUGGUAGAAAUUCUCGACCCUCACUUCAGUGACUUCUUGGAAAGCAAGAACGCCAAAGAAAUGCCUUUCUGUUUCCGGUGGUUAUUGAUUCAGUUCAAGCGAGAGUUCUCCUACUCAGAUGUUAUGGUUCUGUGGGAGGCCAUUUGGAGUGAGCACCUGACAAAAAAUUUCCACAUCUUCUUUGCGGCUGCGGUCCUCCUUAUGCAGCGACGCGUAUUUAUGGAAAGAAAUUACGAUGCGAACAGCAUUCUAAAGCAUGUGAACGAGUUAUCUUUCAAUAUAUCUCUGGAACCAGCUCUGAAUUGCGCAGCAGCUUACGUAAAGCAGCUGGAUCAAGUGGUUCAUCUUCUCCCGGUUUCGGUGAAAAAUAUAAUCUACGGUCCAUCGUUGUCCACAUCGGUGCAUUCGAUCCACAGAAAAUCCGGCACUGCUGGCACCAACUCGGGUGACAUCUCUCCGCGAUUGGAUUACACAUGGGGUCUGUUAAAUGAGGAGCUAGAGGGCUUGUUAGCCACCGACUGCCCGGAACCAGACACCACACCUCCGCCCAGUGUAAUGAUCCCUAUUCCCCGAUCCGAAUCGCCAAAGAACUUUCACUCACCCCCUGUGGAUAAUAGAUAGUUUGUUCCUUCUUUUACUUUUACUAAUCAUCAUUUCCACCUGUUACCCACGUGUACUGACGAAACGCAAUCAUUGCUGAGGUUAUCUCCUCCUGGAGUGUCCUUUCACCAAGCCUUUUUAUAUUCUUCCUUUACACGCAUAUUGACUAACUGCAACCGUGAUGGCUUAAAUUGAUGCCCAUAUUGUGUGCGGUGUUUUAAUUAUCACCGUGGCACCAAUUGUGAGCUGCAUGACUCCGCGUUCUUAAUCAGUGACAUCUGUUUCGCUCUGUCACUACGGAAACCAUUCAGCUCAAUGAUGUAUAUGCGGGUAUUAAUUUCCACCCUCAAUCGCGAUUUCUUGUUUACGACCUACUGUUUUCAUGUAAAGAUCGGGCGAACCGCUAGUUGAUCCAGUCCAAAGUAUUUCAUUACGAUCUAUCCAUUCAGCUUUCUAUUUAUUAACUCAGGCCCCCUUUCUGUACACCUAAGGAGGCAAAGUUUAAGUAUGGGCGCAGUUAUCAA